AUGACUUCCUUACCCAUCAGAACUAUCGGCGUGAUCGGCACUGGUGUCAUCGGGUCCAGCUGGACAGCCCUCUUCCUAUCCAAGGGCCUCCGAGUGAUCGUAUCAGACCCAGCGCCAGGCGCAGAAACAAAGCUCCGCGACUAUCUACACAAGAACUGCUCUUCAGUUCCAGCCGCCCGAUCACCAGUCGAGGCCUGUCUCAAGAACUACAAGUUCGUCAAAGACAUUGGCCCACAUCUCAGCGAUGUUGACAUGAUCCAAGAAAACGGUCCUGAGCGACUCGACUUCAAACGCAGACUCUUCGCCCAGCUCGACGCCGACACUCCCUCACACGUCCUCAUCGCCUCUUCAUCAUCAGGCCUACCCUCCUCUCAAUUCAUCACAGAAUGCAAGAACAACCCAGCUCGCAUUCUGAUCGGACACCCAUUCAACCCCCCGCAUCUAGUCCCGCUAGUUGAGAUUGUGCCCCAUUCCGGGACAAGCGAGGAAUACGUUAACAAGGCGCGUGAGUUCUACUCCAGCCUCGACAAGGACCCUGUUGUUGUCAAGCAGGAGACACCUGGGUUUAUUGCCAACCGGCUGCAGGCGGCGGUUUGCGCGGAGGCAUAUAGUCUUAUCUCCCGCGGUGUUGUCUCGGCUGAGGAUCUUGAUAAAACCAUGACGUCUGGCCUCGGUCUCCGCUGGGCGUUGUCUGGACCGAUCAUUACGAAUACGCUCGGUGGAGGAGGCAGCUUCUCGCAUUUCGUGGACCACCUCGGCCCGGCAUUGAAGACGUGGCUGGAUGAUAUGGAGAAGCAUAAAUUUGAGUUUGACUCGAAGGAGAAGACGGAUGCGCUGAAGGAGAAUGUCAACGAGUGGGUGUCGCAUGUUGAUUUGGAAAAGGCCGAGAAGGACCGCGAUGAGUUCCUGGGUGGUUUGGUUAGGAAGAAGCUGGACAAGAAGAACUGA